CGCACUGGGCGCGAGGCAAGCAGACACGAGCUCCAGAGACGCGGAUACCUCAGUCAAAGCGGAGUCCAGUCAAACAUAGGGAUAACUUUUGGCGUCUAAAUAGUUUUUAUUUUAAGUGUCUUCUUUAGUAAAGGCAAAAGAGCCUAGUUUAGGGAACAUAGGACACGUAGUGAAGAAAUUUAAGCAUGACUGGAUAAUAACGGAUCUUGAAGUGUUAAACUGCGCAUCGGGUUACAGUAAACAUCGGCGGACGCACGCGCGCACAGGUCCACAGCAAAGCUUUCCCCUCCCAUCAUGGAGACGGUUGGAGAUCCAGACAGAGAUGAACAGAGGAGCAGACACCAGUGUCUACCACAGGGCAGGAUGCUCGGCUGGAAUGGAAGGGUCGGGACGGAGCGGAUCUCUCCUGUCUGGUGCUCCGUGCUGGCGAUUCUCUUUCUCUGUCUGCCUGAGAUAAACUGCAUGAAGGAAAGUGUACCGAGAGUUAAGCUUAGCUACAAAGAGCUGAUCCAUUCUCGAAGUAUCGUGCCGUUUAUGGGUGAGGGACAACGAUUUCAAACAAUCCUACUGGACGAGGAGAGAGGCAGAUUAGUGUUGGGUGUCAAAGACCACAUCUACCUUCUGGACCCAGACAACAUGAAUAAACACCCCAAAAAGAUGAGUUGGCCCGCUCCGAGAGACAGGGUUGAUAUGUGUAUACUGGCCGGCAAAAACCCUCACACCGAAUGUGCCAAUUUCAUACGAGUGUUGCACAGUUUUAACCGAACCCACAUCUACGCCUGUGGCACCGGAGCUUUCCACCCGAACUGUGCUUUCUUAGAGGUCAAAGGCUACAAAGAGGCAAGGGACAGCUGGCUUUAUCUUCACGGAGGCAGCGUUGAAUCUGGUCGACUGAAAUGUCCUUUUGAUCCCCGACAGCCUUUUGCCUCGGUACUGACAGAUCAGUAUCUGUACACUGGCACAGCGUCGGAUUUCCUGGGGAAGGAUAGCACGUUUAGCCGCUCUCUAGGCCCAACCCCAGACCAGCAGUACAUCCGCACGGACAUCUCUGAAGAUUACUGGAUCAACGAGGGCAAGUUUAUUGCUGCCCAUCCCAUCGCAGACACCUACAACCCUGACGAUGACAAGAUUUACUUCUUUUUCCGAGAGGCGUCCCGUGAUGGAAACACAAAAGACAAAAGCGUUCUGUCUCGUGUCGCUCGUGUCUGCCGGAAUGAUGUUGGCGGUUUAAGAAGUCUUACAAAUAAAUGGACCACGUUCCUCAAAGCAAGACUUGUGUGUUCAAUUCCUGGACCAGAUGGAGUAGAUACGCACUUUGAUGAACUCCAAGAUAUAUUUCUGCUCCCUAGCAGGGAUGAGAGAAGUCCAAUGGUGUACGCAGUGUUCACUACCACAAGUGCUAUCUUUAAAGGAUCAGCUGUGUGUGUUUAUAACAUGGAGGACAUCCGUGCCGUGUUUAAUGGACCAUAUGCUCAUAAGGAGGGUCCCGACCAUCGCUGGGUGGAAUAUGAAGGUCGAAUCCCCUAUCCACGACCAGGCACUUGCCCAAGUCGGACCUAUGAUCCUCAUAUUAAAACCACUAAAGACUUUCCAGAUGAUGUCAUAAGUUUCAUACGAAUGCAUCCGCUCAUGUACCGCUCCGUCUACCCGAUGACGGGCCAACCCAUCUUCACCCGUAUCAACACAGAGUAUCGGCUCACGCAGAUCGUUGUGGACCGUGUGCCUGCUGAGGAUGGACAGUAUGCUGUUAUGUUCUUGGGCACUGAUACUGGUUCGAUUUUAAAGGUUGUCAGCAUCACACAGGAAAACUGGUCCACGGAGGAGAUCAUCUUAGAAGAGCUUCAGGUGUUCAAGAACCCCACGCCUAUCCUCAACAUGGAAAUCUCCUCAAAGCAGCAGCAGCUGUUUGUUGGAGGAAGCGACGGGUUGGUGCAGGUGGCCAUGCACAGGUGUCAUAUUUACGGGCAGGGUUGUGCUGAAUGCUGCUUGGCUAGAGACCCAUACUGCGCUUGGGACGGCACCCAGUGCUCCAGAUACAUACCAGCCUCCAAAAGGAGGGCCAGAAGACAGGACAUCAAACACGGAGACCCAUCCAGCCAUUGCUGGGACACUGAAGAUGUAUUGGGGAGGAAUAUGGAGGAGAAGGUGUUGUAUGGAGUAGAGAGUAACUCCUCUUUUCUUGAGUGCGUUUCUAAGUCCCAGCAGGCCCAAAUCCGCUGGUUCAUACUGAAGCCAGGAGCCGACCAACGUCAAGAGAUCAAACCAGACGAACGUGUGAUUGUUACGGAGCGGGGUUUGCUGAUCCGUUGGCUCCAGCGCACCGAUGCAGGUUCGUACUUCUGCACCUCCCAGGAACACAGCUUCACCCGUACGCUUCUCCAGGUCUCUCUUCACGUCCUGGACCGUGGGCACAUUCACGGACCCUCGGCCGCUUUCCAUGGAUCGUUAGAAAACCCAGCCGAACCUCGGCAGCGUUAUAAGGACUACUUGAGCGUGUUGAGCGGCUCAGCCCGCUCUAUAGAUGAAUACUGUGAGACGCUCUGGCACAGAGAAAAGAAGCAAAAGCAAAAGGGCAAAUGGAAACAUGCCCAGGAGUAUCGCAAAAGCAGGAAUAGGCGCCACCAGUAGGAGGUAUCAAUGCUUAUAUAACACAGGAUGGUCAGCGUUUGAUUCAGUUGUGAGGUUAGAUGGGUCACACCGCCCAUGUGGAUAUAAAUACAAAGAGACUGUCCUCUGUCUGAACAGCCUGGGUAUAAAAUAUUAAAUAUUUCUAUAGCGAUAGUAUACAUUAACAGUUUACAAAUUAAGCUUUAGGCGAAUAAAGCACAUGUGACCGCAAGUCAACUUGACUGCUAUAUGAAAUGUGUCUGAAUCUAGAGGUUUAUCUAAGCUCCAACAAUAUACACUACCGAUCAAACGUUUAGGGUCACUUCAUCAAUAUUUAUCAAUACUUUUUACCUUUUAAAUAAAUUAUGUUAAUAUUUCAUUGUGUUACUAAAAUAUUAGAGUGCCGCAGGGAUGACGUACUUUUGUAGCAAAAACCCGGAAGCGAGUUAGCACUUUUGGUUUCAUCGUCCUGGGGAUUUGAAUGGGGAUUUGGUUAAGCGCCUUAAAUAAGAUUUUAACACAAGCCCAAUAUAUUUUCACCUUUUAUUUCACAACAUUAAUAUAAGCACACCACUACUUCACGAUUUUUAAAGUUUUAACAUGGGUGGUUGCUACAUGGGACUACAGACAUUGUCAGGGACUUUAAAUGUCAUCAUGCAUAAAGAUCUCAAUAACAAUGCAACCUGGGUACAAUUCCCAAAAAACAUUCAUCCUCAGGAUAUUUUUUAUCGGAAAACAUGUUUUUUAAUGUGUUUAAAGGAUUACUCCACUUUCAUAAAAAAAUCCUGAUAAUUUACUCAUCCCCAUGUCAUCCAAGAUGUUUAUGUCUUUCUUUGUUUAAAUGACGAUAGUUUCGCUAGAUAAGACCCUUAUGCCUUGGUUGGGGUCAUGUUAAAGCCCUUUGAAGCUGCUAUGAAACUGCAAUUUUAAACUGCAUUAAAACUGUAAACUGUUGAGGUCCACUAUAUGGAGAAAAAUCCUGGAAUGUUUUCCUAAAAAAAAACUAAAUUUUUUGUCGACAAAGAAAGACAUAAACAUCUUGGAUGACAUGGGGGUGAGUCAAGGUAGCAAGGCCAAUUACAAUAGAACCGCCCCUUAAUCUGCACUAUCCAACCACAGCACUGCCAUUUAGUGCAGCGAGAAAGAGAAAAAAUUAUUGACAGCACAAAUGAGUUUCAAUUACAACAAACCACCAUCAUUGUGAUCAGUGUUUGCAUUUCAUCAGCUCAUUUGCAUUUUAAAGGACACACCCAAAACGGCUCACUUUUGCUCAGGCCUACAAAGUGGAAAUUUUAACAUUUUAUAAUUAAUUAUUUGUGGGGUAUUUUAAAGUAAAACUUCACAUAAAUACUCUGGGGAGACCAAAGACUUAUUUAACGUCUUUUUAAAAAAUCUCAUAAUAUGACCCCUUUAAAAAAGUUUGAAAGAGGUGUUGGAGGCUUGGUGGUGAUGGCGUUGAUGCUGAGAGACCGUGGUGUAGUUCGCUUGUAGCCUAUAUGGUUAUCUUUUUAUUUCUUGUAAACAUAUUUACACCUCAAAAUGUUUUUCUUGUUGAACAAAACGAGCAAGAAAACUUUUGUUAAACACAAUGCUUAUUUUUUUUGCGAUAAUCCAGAAUUCUAUGGGAAUUUUGGCAAGGGUACCAGUGUCCCGCUAACUUCCGGGGUUAGUCUACAAAAAUACUUAAUCCCUUUAGCAAAAAUCCUAGUGGCACUCUAUUUGAGCAUAUUCAGUGUGGAAAUUGUAAAAUCGCACUCUUGGUAUUUUAUCACUCAGCUUGAGCUCUCACCGUGAGAUACAUUUUUAUUUCAUUGGGCCUCAUUUAUAAAACUGUGCGUAGGAUCCUUACUAAAAGUCUACGUACACUAGGGUUGUUGUGGUUACAGAAUUUUCCCACCGGUUAAUCAGCGCAUGACAAACCCGGUGAUACCAGUUUCACCGGGUGGGAGGGGCUUAUAAAUGCACAGAAGUGCUCAUUUUACUUUCACUUUUGAAUUAGAUGCAACUGUUGUUUAAAUCCAGCGCUUGCGUACGCUGCGUUAAAUCGCAUAUGAAUUUGCGUGCAAAUGCGAGUGCAACAGUUGGUUUAAGUGCUUGAGUCAAUGUGCGCAGGUACUUCUGACAGAAACCCGCCAGUCUCAAGCAGAGCAACCGGCUACUUCUCCAUAAAGCGCUGCUUGAAUGAUGGGUUUAUUAUUAUUCUUUAUGAAAAACAGAACAACAAAACGAUCUUGACUAUAUUAAACAUCAUAUAUGUAUCUUAUAACAAAAACGAGUAAGCACGCGGCUUCUGCCAUCGUCUGCUCACCGCAGUCUGACAGGAAUAAAUGAAAUCUGAGACCAGCAGCCGCUGCUCUGUGAUGACGCGCGUUCAGCUCCGCUGAAUUCAGGCAGCAGACACAUUCAGUUAUAAGUGUUUGCUCUCUCUAACGAAACUAAAUGAUUUAAUUACAAGAAAAUAUCAAAACGACGGUGAAAGACGGUGUCGCGGUGGACAAGUGAUCUAACCGGUGAGAGGCUGAAGCACCGGUAAUCACCGUUUCACCGACUAUUGCAACAAGCCCAACGUACGCACAAAAGCCAAAAAUGGCAUACGCCAAAAAUAUUACGACUUAUAAAACAAAGCAACGUUCCCUUUAUAAAUCACAGAUUACCUGCAAGUGUGCAUACAUGAAUCGUCCUUAGAUCCCACCCUGCAAGCCCAUUUUUCCAUUAAGUUCAUUUUUUAUAGAUCACAACCUUUGCGUGGGAACUGGCGUAUGCACGUUUCCAGCCCCGUUUUGUGCGUACGCACGCUUUAUAAAUGAAGCCCCUGGGCUGUGAUUGCUUUUUCUUGUUUAUUGUUUUAAAAUCAUCGAUUUUUAACAUAUUUCUUAAAUAAAAUGGAAGUUUUUAAUGAAUGAAAUAUAUAAGCACAAAUAUAUUCUGAAAAAAAACUUCAGAUUUGAAAAUCAUUUGAAUCAAGUGACACUGUUUAUUUGUUCAGUAGUGUAUACUCUUCAACUUUUGUUAUCUAUAAUCUAAUGCACACGGGGGUUUGGCGUUGGUUUCAGAAUAAAUAUGGAAAUUUGGGUUAGGGGUUAACCUAUCUUCCGCGUGACACCAGUUUUUGGCGCCAUAAUUUUAACCAAUAAUUAAAAGCAUUCAUGUUGAAUGUAUGUAAAUAUUUAUAUUUUUUGUACAUGUGAUUGUGCAUGCUUUGGCAUUAUUUACAUACAAUGCUUUUUCUGAGACUAAUUAUAACCAGGCUUUAAGUAAAGUACAUUAUUUUUGUAUGUUUUAAGUGUGUCUUUCUUUAGCUAUUAUGGUAUAUGAUGCUAUUUAAAAUAAUAAUGUUCUUAAAAUAAACUUCU